GCCGGGGCCGCAGCGCCGCCCGCCCGCCACCGGCACGGCACGGAGCGGUGCGGCGCGGCACGGGUCGGGCGGAGCGCGGCGGCGAGCGGCUCUCCUAACCCGGCGGUGCGAGGUUAUGCCACUCUCCAGGUUUGCUGGGUGCCUGCCGGUGAAAGAGAAGGGUUGAUAUUUUGCCCAGGCCCUUAGGUCCUGAACCAAAAUGGCAGCUGGCGAGUCCCCUCCCGUAAGAGAUGCCUUCAUCGACCUGCAGCAGGGCAGAGAUCGUGCAGAAAAAGCCUCUCCUGGUGCCGAGGACGAUGAGGACUUGGAUAAGACUUUAUCAAUCGAGAGAUUUGGGGACCUGAUAAGCAAGUCAGCAUCAAGCGAUCUGGAGAAGCAGAAACGCAGCUACAGUGAGAGAGAUUUUGAAUUCCACCGCCAAACCUCGCACCACAUCCAUCAUCCCCUUUCCACUCACCUCCCUUCUGCCCUCAAGUUCCAAAAGAGGCCCCCCCGUGCCAGCAGGAAGAAAAAAAGAAGAAGGAAAAAGAAGAAAACCUCAGUACCCCCCUCAGAGGUCACCCCUACCAUCCAAGAAGUGGACGAGGAAGGAGGAGAAGAGGAGGAAGAAGAGGAAGAAGAGGAGGAGGAGGAAGAAGGAGAGUCUGAGGCAGAGGAAGCCCAGGAGAAGGAGAUCUUUGCAGAGUCUGAGGGCGAAGCUCGUGGGAAGGACACAUCCCCUAAGCUGGAGCCCCCAAGCAAACCAAAGUUCACCAUUGGCAGUGAUGAGGAUGAGUCUGGCAGUACUCUGGCCCCAGCGCAGUUCCAUGUGGAAGAGGAGGUGUCCUCCACACCAUGCCUCACUGACCUGCUGCCGGACAAGGGCCCUGCCUCCAUCCGCAGCCUCCCUGGACCUCGGGAACGUGUUUCUCAGGGCUGGGAGAAGCGCAAGCCCUGGGGCCAGGUGGCAAGUGGACAACGAGUUACCUAUGAUUUAAAGGAGAGGAUGUGCAUCGGCAGUAUGACCACGCUGGAGAGUGCAGCAUAUCAGCGUGUCCCCACGGAUGAGGCUGAGGCCCAGAUGCUGGCAUCUGCUGAUUUGGAUGGCAUGAAAAGCCACCGCUUUGAAGACAACCCUGGUGUGAGGAGGCAUCUGAUGAAGAAACCAUCUAGAAGCCAGAUCACCAGGACAAGCAAAAAAUUAACAUCAACCCCAUCAGUUAAAAAAAAAAAGAAGAAGAAGAAGUUGGACAGAAAACCCCACGAGGUGUUUGUGGAGCUGAACGAACUGGUGGUGGAUAAGAACCAGGAGAUGCAUUGGAGGGAAACAGCCCGCUGGAUCAAGUUUGAGGAGGAUGUGGAGGAGGACACAGCCAGGUGGGGGAAACCUCACGUGGCUUCACUGUCCUUCCGCAGUCUGCUGGAGCUCAGGAAGACAAUUGCCCACGGUGCUGUUCUUCUUGACCUGGAGCAGACCACGCUGCCUGGCAUUGCUCACCUCAUGGUGGAGACCAUGAUAAUCUCUGACCAGAUCAGGGCAGAGGACCGAGCCAAUGUUAUGCGUGCCCUGCUGCUGAAGCACAGCCACCCAAAUGAUGAGAAGGAGGGCUUCUUUCCAAGGAAUCACUCCAGCUCCAGCAUGAACUCUAUUGUGGGGAACCACCACCACAACCACACCACAGACACCUGCGUGCCCCUCAUGGGAGAGGAGCGAAUUGAGAUGGCUGACACCAAGGCCCAUGAGACUGAAUGCAAAGAGAAAAAUGUGCAUGUCCAUAACUCUGAGGGGCACCGUAAAUACCUGAAGUUGAUGGAGAAGAUUCCUGAAGAUGCAGAGGCCACUGUAGUCCUUGUGGGCUGUGUGCAGUUCCUGGAGCAGCCAACUAUGGCCUUUGUCCGACUAAAUGAGGCCGUCUUCCUGGAAUCUGUCUUGGAGGUCCCUAUUCCUGUCAGAUUCAUCUUCGUGCUGCUGGGACCAAGCCAGGCCAACAUGGACUAUCAUGAAAUUGGUCGAUCAAUCUCCACUCUCAUGUCUGACAAGCAUUUCCAUGAGGCUGCGUACAUGGCUGAUGACCGUCAAGAUCUCCUCAAUGCAAUCAAUGAGUUCUUGGACUGCAGCAUUGUCAUUCCUCCAUCUGAGGUGGAGGGGAAAGACUUGCUUAAAUCCAUUGCCACCUUCCAGAAGCUGCUGCUGAGGAAGAGGAAGGAGAGGGAGCAGAAAUCCAUGAAGGAAGGAGAUGUCCAGGAAGCGAAAGAGCUGUGUGAAGUGAAAGCUGAGGAAGAGGAGGAGGAAGCUGAGGAUGACCCUUUGAAGCGGACUGGAAUAUUUUUUGGAGGUCUGGUUCGGGACAUAAAGCGCAGGUACCCCAAAUACCUCAGUGACAUCAGAGACGCCUUGCACAGCCAGUGUCUCGCAGCCGUUCUCUUCAUCUACUUUGCUGCUCUCUCUCCUGCCAUCACCUUCGGGGGACUCCUAGGAGAGAAAACUGAGGGUCUCAUGGGGGUCUCCGAGCUGAUAAUCUCCACCUCGGUUUUAGGGAUCCUCUUCUCCCUGCUUGGAGCCCAGCCGCUCCUGGUCAUUGGCUUCUCAGGGCCUCUGCUGGUGUUUGAAGAAGCUUUUUACAAGUUCUGCCAGACACAAGGCAUUGAGUACCUGACAGGCAGAGUGUGGAUUGGUUUGUGGCUCAUCGUUUUCAUCUUCAUUAUUGUGGCAGCCGAAGGAAGCUUCUUGGUGCGCUACAUCUCGCCCUUCACCCAGGAGAUCUUUGCUUUCCUUAUCUCCCUCAUCUUCAUCUAUGAGACGUUCUACAAACUGUACAAGGUGUUUGCAGAACAUCCUCUGCUGAAGUUUUACCCACCAAAUGUGCAAAGCGGCCUGAACGCCAGCAUGCUCUCUGCAGAUGCCAUGUCACUGGGAAUCAGGAUGCAGCCCAACACUGCUCUCCUCUCCCUCAUCCUCAUGCUAGGCACCUUCUUCAUUGCCUUCUUUAUGCGCAAGUUCAAGAACAGCCGCUUCUUAGGAGGAAAGGCUCGGCGGAUCAUUGGAGACUUCGGGAUCCCCAUCUCCAUCUUAGUCAUGGUGCUGGUGGAUUACACCAUCACAGACACAUACACGCAGAAGCUGAAUGUCCCAUCUGGCUUGUCGGUCACAUCACCUCACAAGCGUGGCUGGUUCAUUCACCCCAUGGGCAGCAAUGGGACCUUUCCAUUGUGGAUGAUGUUUGCCUCUGCCAUCCCUGCUCUCCUGGUCUUCAUUCUUAUCUUCAUGGAGACACAGAUCACUACGCUGAUUGUGAGCAAGAAGGAGAGGAAGCUGUUGAAAGGCUCUGGCUUCCACCUGGACCUGCUGCUCAUUGGCACUAUGGGGGGGCUCUGUGCACUCUUUGGACUGCCCUGGCUGACCGCAGCAACAGUGCGCUCUGUCACCCAUGUCAAUGCCCUGACGGUCAUGAGCAAGGCCAUCGCACCAGGAGAGAAGCCCAAGAUCGAGGAGGUGAAGGAGCAGCGUGUGACAGGAGUGCUUAUUGCUGCCCUUGUCGGCCUGUCUAUUGUGAUGGGGAACAUGCUACGGCAGAUCCCGCUGGCUGUGCUCUUUGGCAUCUUCCUCUACAUGGGGGUUACAUCUCUCACGGGCAUCCAGCUCUACGAACGACUGCUCCUGAUUUUCAUGCCAGCCAAGCACCACCCCGACCACAUCUAUGUUGUUAAGGUAAAGACGUGGAGGAUGAAUCUCUUCACCUGCAUUCAACUGGCCUGCAUUGUGCUGCUCUGGGUGGUGAAGUCUACGGUGGCAUCUCUAGCCUUUCCCUUUGUCCUGAUCAUGACAGUGCCAUUGCGACGCUUUGUGCUGCCCCGCUUCUUCCACGACAGGGAGCUCAAAGCCUUGGACUCGGAGGAUGCAGAGCCGAACUUUGAUGAGGAUGGCCGGGACGAGUACAAUGAGCUGCACAUGCCUGUGUGAACUGCAGCCUGCCCUCCCUGCACUUGGGAUAGGCUGCUCACACCUGCUUGUCCCCUCAUGGACUAGUAGGAGACUUGCCACCAGUCGAGCAAUCUUGUCUGGACCAAUGAAUGGCUGUUCCAUAGCUCUGCAGGAGGCAGCCCCUGCUCCUGCUGUCCCAUCACUCACUCAGCAGAGGCUGCUCGUCUCUCUCUCCUUUCAGACCUGAGGGGCUGAGAAGUGCCUCUCACAUCCCAAAGCUGUGUGGGUCCAGAGCGCCUGUGGGUCAGGGGUCUGCCCUGUCACUGCUGGAGGCAGCCUGUGUUCAGUCUCUGGGUGGUGAAGGGGAGCCAUGCCAGCUGGUACCACUGUGUCCCACUCCAUUUCCAUGAAGUUUGGGUGUCAUGCCAUGAUGCACUUUGGGCAGUCACAGGAACAGGCUGUCUGUGCACAGACAGUGGUCUCCGCGCAGGCUGGGUGAGGACACCAGCCUCUAUGCUCAGCUAACAGAUGCCUUGCUCCUGCUCUCUCUGUUCUUGCAACCAAAUUGCUGUCCUCUGCGCCUGAGUCUGGAGCUCCGUGGGAAGUAAUGCCAACUGAGCUCUUAGUGUGUGCUCCAGCACAGGGGCGAGGAGAUACCAGUGCUCUUCCGUGCUUGGCACAGCUUCCACUGCACUACUGGGACAGGCACUGCUGUAUCCUGGCAUCUUGCAGAUGAGGGGUGCUCUGCAGGUCCUGUCCUCCAGGCUUUCAGCUGGAGGCCACUCUCUCACAGGACUGGUUUCCACCCUUGCCCAGCAUUCAGGAGGCUAUUUGUCUCCUCAUAAUUUUUCCAAUACUCCUCCCAGUGCUGUUUUCCUUUUGGGAAGAGAUAAACAGGUACCUUGAAGCCUUGGGUGCAUGCCCAACAAACAACAAAGGUUACAAGAGGUCCCAGUCUCCAUCUUCCUGUCCUUGAGCACAAACCACAUUUAGGAACUCUGUAAGAGGUACAGUGCUGGAGCAUGAAAUAGUCCUGUGGUCCUCUCUCUUUCCCUGUGCAGUGAUCACUGGUUCUGGCUCCUCGCAGCCCUAUGUUGAAGUCACAGAACCCCUUGGCCCAUUUCAGCUCCCAUGCUGGAGUGACCCUUCAUGUCCAUUUCAGCUGGAAAGAAGCAGCAUUCAGCGUGCCCAGCACUUAGCCCUGGCCUCCUUGGGCCUGGCAAGGAUGUGUCCUAGGAUCUCCUGGACCAGCAGCCUCCAUUCAGAACAGGCAGCCUCAGCUAGCAGCUCUGGCACAUGGGCAGCUCUGAUGUAGUGCCCUGAUGGUAGGAAUCAGAGUUGCCUUGUGGAGGAAGCUGGGAUGUGUGUUCCAACACUGAUCAGCCAUCAGAUUUGGGACAAGCCACUGCCCUGGUUCCCGUUUAUCAGCCCGGCUCCUGUGGGAGAAGGUGGCUCCCACACCUCCCCGGGAGGCUGCACAAACACCCACAGAGAGCAAAGCCCCUCCAGCAGCAGGCUCCAGCCCCACCGCCGCGCCCACGCAGGGUGUCUGUGUGUCUGUGGCCGUGUGCAUCCUGUCCUCCCUGUGUAGUGUAGGAGGCUGUUGUCGCUGUGCAUUGUGACUCCUCUGACUGUAGUGGAAACAGCUACACCAAUAAACUUCACAGGAACCA